AUGAAAGUUACAUGCUUGGGAGGAUUUAACUUCGACUCUGCUGAAUAUGCUGAAAGGAGUUUAUGCACUGAAACGACCUCAGGAAAAUCUGCAAUGGCCGCCAAAAGAAAAGGUGGCCUAAAACUCAACGCUAUCUGUGCCAAGCUGAGCCGGCAGGUGGUGUACGACGGAAGCUCUCAGAACGCGGAGAAUGACCCAAGCCUGGCGGACACCAGCGAGCGAGGCAGCUCCCACUACGAUGAGGGCGACAGGCCCGACAGUGAUUUCUCAGAAGGCCUGUCUUUAGGCCAGAGCCUCGAAGAUGACCAGAAACGGCGCGAAGCCAUCGAGAAGUGGGUGAACGGCGAGUACGCUGACGACCUGCCGUCUCCAGAAGGGGAUGAGCCUAGGGGGCCUAAAGCCAAUGGCAGAGAUGAUGGCCCUCCCGAGGGCGUGUACAUGGUUCAGCCCAAGGGCUGCAGUGAUGAAGAUGACAACAGGGAUGAAACUGAGGCAAUGCCUCUGUCCCAUGAGGGCAGUUACCAUGAUGACAGGGACUCGGACAGUCCUAAUAAAGAGACUGGGUGUCCACCCACCAGUGAGACACCAAACUGCCAAGCUUCCUUCUCUUCUCCAGUAGGUGAAGCUUCUGCCCUGCGUGACUAUGCAGCCAACACCAUGAACGAGUUCCUCCACAUGUUCGGCUACGAGGACCAGCAGGGUCGUGACGAGCUGGCCAAGAAGUUCAGCUUUGAGAAGCUAAAAGCUGCUACCUCAGACCCCUCGUCCCUCGGCGGCGAUGAGGCCACGCGCCGCGCCCGGUUCUCCAAGUACGAGGAGUACAUCCGCAAGCUGAAGGCCGGAGAGACGCUUCCAUGGCCGAUACCAACCAAACCGGAGAAGCUCAACUCGAAAGAAAAAAGUCCUGUUCUUCUGCAGCCGACCGCAUGCCUUCCAGGAGCUGAAGCUCAGAUGUUCUCACCGGGCAUGGAGCACAAGCAGGGCCAGCUGGGGACUCCCGCAGGCAUGCCCGCCCACAACCUGGCAACCCGCACCUCAAAAUAUGACUUUUUCAUCCAGAAGCUGAAGAUGGGUGAGAGCCUGAGACAGCAGAAUGGCAACGCUUACAAGCGGCCUUCCAAAUAUGACUUAGAGAAUGUCAAGUACCUUCACCUCUUCAAACCUGGUGAGGGCAACCCUGACAUGGGUGGGGCAAUAGCGUUCAAGACUGGGAAAGUGGGACGGCCUUCAAAAUACGACAUCCGAAACAUUCAGAAGCUCCUGCCAGGGAAAGGAGACUCCCCAAUGAUGCCCAGCGUACUGUCCUCCAAGCCUGCCACCCCGGGCACGCCUGUGAUUCCCACUGCUGCUUCCGCUGGUGCUGUUGGACCACCGUGCUUACCAGUGGACCAGGUCGGCCAUUUGGGCUUUAACACUGAUUACAUGAAGUCCAGUUUCUCCAAGACUGACUCCAUUACUACUGGAACAGUUUCGUCUGUCAAGAACGGCCUUCCUGUGGAGAAACCUGUGACGGACGACGUCAACGUCUACCAGAAAUAUAUCGCCAGGUUUUCAGGGAGCCAGCAUUGUGGACACGUGCACUGCGCAUAUCAGUACAGGGAGCAUUACCACUGCAUGGACCCCGAAUGCAACUAUCAGAGAUUUACCAGUAAACAGGAUGUAAUCAGGCACUACAACAUGCACAAGAAACGGGACAACUCACUGCAGCACGGCUUCAUGCGCUUCAGCCCACUGGAUGACUGCAGCGUCUACUACCACGGCUGCCACCUCAAUGGAAAGAGCACCCACUACCACUGUAUGCAGGUGGGCUGUAACAAGGUGUACACCAGCACCUCAGAUGUAAUGACUCACGAGAACUUCCAUAAGAAAAACGCACAGCUGAUUAACGACGGCUUCCAGAGGUUUCGCGCCACAGAGGACUGCGGCACCGUGAUCUGUCAGUUUUACGGGCAGAAGACCACCCACUUCCACUGCAGACGUCCCGGGUGCACCUUCACCUUCAAGAACAAGUGUGACAUUGAAAAGCACAAGAGUUACCACAUCAAGGACGACGCUUACGCCAAGGACGGCUUUAAGAAGUUCUACAAGUACGAAGAGUGCAAGUACGACGGCUGCGUCUACAGCAAGGCUACCAACCACUUCCACUGCAUCCGCCAGGGCUGCGGCUUCACCUUUACCUCCACCAGCCAGAUGACCUCACACAAGCGCAAGCACGAGCGCCGCCACGUCCGUUCCUCUGGCAUGAUGGGCCUCACCUCGUCUUUUCUCCUGCCCAAGGAGGAGCAGGAGGAGUCGAGCAACGACGACCUGGUGGACUUCUCGGCUGUCAGCAGCAAGAAUUCCAGCCUGAGCGCUUCGCCCACCACGCAGCAGCCCUCUACCGUGCCGCACCUGAUGUCCACGCCCACCAUAGCCAGCUCCUCGAGCCUGAACGCCAGGCCCACUCCCGCUCUGCCUGCCACCAGCCGCAUGUCCACCUUGCUCUCGCAGGCUUUGCCAAGCAACAUGUCCAUGGCCCUGGCGUUCUCUGGAAAUGCCCUCACCGGCGCACCCAACCCCUUUCUCUCACUGAGGCUGCCCCUGCAGAUCCCAUCAGCAGCUGCCGGCAUGAUAUCCGCCGCAAGCUCCGGUGCCCUCUCGACACCUCGUGACUCUGUUGCGCCGAGCUCCUGCUUAGUUGGCGAAGCAACGUCUUUGGCUUCCACCCCCACCUCCUACUCUGCCUCGUCCAUAAUGGAGAAAAUCUCAGCCAGUAAGGGACUUAUAUCGCCCACCAUGGCAAGGCUGGCUGCUGCUGCCCUUAAUCCCAUCGCCAACCUGGACACAGGAAACCGGUUCAAUCCGGUUCAAGUGAAGCAGGAGCCUGUGGACGCCGCCUCGGCGGGUUCGCACGAGUCCAUGCAGGAGCACAGCCUCGACCUGAGCAAGAAAGAGCACGGUAAUGAAUCAAACGGACACCCAGCCCCAGGAAAUCCAUCUCUUUUAUCCUCACUUAUGAAUAAGAUGGCGCAGGGGAACUCUGGCUUUCUCGGUGCUAUGAACAUAAAAUCAGAGAUGGAUGCAGGUCAGCUGAAUGACGGAUCUGACGCCGCUCAGUACCUCAGCCGGCUGAUCAAGAGACCUGUUCCAGAAAAACCAGCAGAGCUGUGGAGGACCUACCUGCGCAGAUACGAUACUGACGAAGUGUGCGACACACAAUGUGACUUCCUGCACAAGGUGCACUUCCAUUGUGUGGUGGAGGACUGCGGCGCGCUCUUCAGCACUGUGGACGGAGCCAUCAAGCAUGCCAACUUCCACUUAAGAGCCAACCUAAAGGUUAAACCAGAGGGCGCUUUCAGCGAGGCCAAGGAGUCCGGCGAGAGCGCCCCCAAUCAGCCCAUUUCCAUGGCCAACACUCCGCCUAUGGAUGUGCCCGGAGCUGCGGUGUCAGGCACCUACGGCUCCUUGCCAUCUAUGCUGGUGUGGAAGCAGCUAGCUGGAUCCAUCCCCCCACUUCCUGCAUCCAUGCCCAUCAUGGCCGCUUGCUCCCCGCUUGCCACCACCUCACUGGAGAAUGCCAAGCCGCAAGUGAAACCGGGCUUCCUACAGUUCCAGGACAAUGAUCCUUGUCUGGCUACCGACUGUAAAUACUCCAAUAAAUUCCACUUCCACUGUCUGUUUGGCAAUUGCAAGUACGUGUGUAAGACCUCUGGGAAGGCCGAGUCGCACUGCCUGGACCAUAUCAAUCCCAACAACAGCCUGGUGAACGUGCGAGACCAGUUCUCCUACUAUUCACUGCAGUGUCUCUGUCCCAACCAGCACUGUGAGUUCAGGAUGCGAGGGCACUACCACUGUAUUAAACAAGGCUGCUUCUUCGUCACCAACAUCACCACCAAGCUGCCCUGGCAUAUCAAGAAACACGAGAAAGCUGAGAGACGCGCCGCCAAUGGCUUCAAAUACUUUACCAAGAGAGAAGAGUGCGGCCGGCUGGGCUGCAAGUACAACCAGGUGAACAGUCACUUCCACUGUAUCCGUGAGGCCUGCAUGUUCUCCUUCCUGCUCAAACACCAGAUGACGUCCCAUGCCCGCAAGCACAUGAGGAGGAUGCUGGGAAAGAACUUCGACCGAGUCCCAUCUCAGGUGGUACCUCAUGGCCACCAAGCUGAAGAGAUGCAGAACAUGGCCAGCCUGGCCUCCUCCGGGACCAUGAGCACCCACCCGAGCCUGACUUCCAGUUUUUCCAACAUGAUGGAAGAUAAUGAUGACUACAUAGACUACAUGGGUGGAGGAAGCCCGCUGGGACUUUCUUCCGAUUCGUCUAAUCAGGACCGGAGCUGCACUAGCACUCCUGUGGGCAACGACAGUUCGCCUGCAGGACCGGGCUCUCAGGUCCCAGCUCUUACUCCUACUUCUACUCCAACUUCCACUACCUUUGCUGAAACUUCUCCUUCUUCUACACCUCAAUCUGCACCCCCUCCUCCUCCACCUCCACCUCUUCCAGUUCCACCUUUACCUCAGGCUCCGUUCCAGUCUCAACCUCCAUCCUUCCCUCCGACCCUCCUGCGGCCUCCGCUCCCUUCGUUCCCAUACCUCCUCUCUCCAUCCUGUGUCUCAUACUCUCUGCUCAGCGCCUCUCUGGGAGCCACUCGGAGUGUUGUCAUGCCAACCAACACGCCAGCUUUCAGCCCCAUCAUUGCCGCCCCGUCUCCGGUUAAAAAUGACGUGCCUAUAGUGCAAGAUGCAGCAGGAAACACCAUCUCCAUCCCGACCGCAAGCGGAGCCAAGAAGCGCUUCUGGAUCAUCGAGGACAUGUCACCUUUCGGCAAGCGGCGUAAGACAGCAUCAUCACGCAAGAUGCUGGACGAGGGAAUGAUGCUGGACGGCUUCCGACGCUACGAUCUGUACGAAGACUGCCGCGACACCACGUGCCAGUUCUCUCUGAAGGUCACUCACUACCACUGCACGCGCGAGAACUGCGGCUACCGCUUCUGCGGCCGCACGCACAUGUACAAGCACGCGCAGCACCACGACCGCGUCGACAACCUGGUACUGGACGACUUCAAGCGCUUCAAGGCGUCCCUGAGCUGCGACGUGGCCGACUGCCAGUUCUCGGGCAACUCCACCCACUUUCACUGCCUGCGCUGCUCGUUCCGCUGCACGGACAGCACCAAAGUGACGGCGCACCGCAAACACCACGGCAAGCAGGACGUGAUCAGCGCCGCCGGCUUCUGCCAGUUCAGCUCGAGCAUCGACUGCACCGUUCCCGACUGCAAGUACAAGCUCAAGUGCUCACACUUCCACUGCACCUACCCAGAGUGCAAGCACACCGUGGUGGGCAUGUCCCAGAUGGACUCGCACAAGCGCAAGCACGAGAAGCAAGAGCGCGGCGAUGUACCGCCGUCUGUCUCGCCCAGCUGCGAGGGUGCGCACCACCAGCCCAGACUGGCAGGUCUACCUGUUUCCAUCACCCGGCCUCCUACAUCCCCCCGUGCUCUGAUGCACAGCAGCGCGAGCAUGUACAUGGCUCCGGCAGCAGACACCGACUAUCACCCAUACCCAGCUUUCAACCUGGACGGAUCUCUCAAUCUGGCAACCGAUGCGCCGAACUCGCUCUUCUUCCUCAAGAACGCCAGUGGCCUCGGACUCGGUGACUCGCUGGAUCUGAGCAAGAAGUUUCAACAGCGCGAGCAGCUCCUGCAGGCGGCCUCCAUGAACCACCCUCAGGAUGAUACCACGGGCACAUCAGGCGACCUCGAGGAUGAUCUGUCAGCUGAGGAAGAGCCCACCCAUGAGGAAGAAGAGGAGGAGGAAGAUGAGGAAGAGGAGGACGACGACGACGAGGAGCCAGAGGAGGAGAUGAACACAGACUCGUACGACGAUUCGAUGCCCGACGCCGACAAGGACAAUGCCGAAAGUUUAGAUGCUUCCGUGAACCACAGCGUGGCUUUCAAACUGGAUGAGGACGACGUCGAGGCCAUCCUGUGACGCGCCGAAGCGCUGGGAACAAACCCGAGUGAACGGGGCGGCCUCGUUUAUAAAGAACAUGACAAGUACGCGAGAAAAGUGAAGGCUCAAACUGAUUUACGAUGAUGUUUACAUGACGACCAACAUUAUUAAUUUAAUUAUGCAUUAAAAAUGAACAGACGAGGCGAGGCCGUCUUUUCCACAUGGGUGGCGAUGCAAACAUUUUCCUACACAUCAGUCUUUUGUGUGUGCGCGUGCAUGUUUGAUUUUAAUUUAUUCUGCUUUUACUUAGUGUGUGGAUAUAAAAUAAGGAAAAAAAACAUGAAAUCUA